ACUGUCGAUUUUAUGUUAUCGAUUAUUCUUAAAUAGUUAUUGCUAUUAAUUCUUGUGAUUUGUUUAUUGUUUGUCAAAUUUUGUAAAAGGGAGAAUGAAAAACUAUUACUGGCGAAAAAGGCGCGGUGAAGAAGAGUGCACUGAAAGAAGAUAAGGAAUUCAUCUUUUAUAUCUUUGUGUUAACAAAGAUACACAAAAGUUAUUAUAUUCUUUUAAAAAAUUUACAGGCGCUAAGUUUUCAUACCAAAAUGAAUUUUAAUACUCAAAUAUAAAACACCAAUCUGGAAACCCUAACGAGUUUUGUAUUUGGUGUUCAAAAUCCAGUGGAAUCUUGGCGUCCGGGAAAUCCCAAUAACAUUUUAAAAUUCAUUUUGAUACACCAUUUGAGUACGUCCAAAGUCUCAUCUCGGUAUCAGCGAAUCAAAUCGUUAACCUAACCUCAAACCUUGGAAGAAGGAGCAUCAUCAACUGGCUAAAAAACCGUAAGUCCUAAAUAAUGGCUACAUCUUCCUUACAGGGUCAACCACAAAACCAACAAAAAGAGCAACCCAUAAAUACACUACAAACUUGCCCAACAUGUAACAAACCAACACGCUCAUGCUGUAUUAGUUGCAGCAAAUGCCACAAACUCUUUCACUUCGAGUGUGCUCGUGUCACCAAUAUUUUGCAAAUAUAUACCUGCUCAUCAUGUUCUCAAAGUUCUAGCCCAGCAAGUCCCACUCACUCUGUACGCAGUCAUUUAAGCAUUUCUUCCGAUAAAUCACUGAACCGCAGACAAAACUUGCUACUACAACGCCUUGAGGAAGAAAAACAGCUUGCGAUUGAACGAGACCGCGAAUUUUUGAAUCGAAAAUACCAAAUAUUAGAACAAUUCGCAGACCACAGCGACAACGAAAGUUCCCUGGUAGAUUCUGUUAGUGAGUGGCUAAAUACUCAGCCUGCAGCAUAUUCCAACGACACCACACAAGAUUUGUUUGCCAACCACUUCGAUGAAAAUACUUACCAUAAUUUACCAACUGCUAGCUCUAAUGCUGCGUUUAUAGACAAUUACAAUCCGUCAUUAACAAUUACUAACAGCGGCCAUCAGACAGUAACACGACACCAACCAGAUAUAGCCCAUAAUAUGUCGAGCAACACAGCUCGGCCCGCCUUCACAUCUACACUCAACAAUAAUGCAACAUUUAUUAAUAAGCCUUCAUCCCAAAGUUCUCUUUUCCCCGCGAAUUUGCGUGAUAGCGUUCCACCAUCAUUUUUAAAUACACCACAAAAUCUCUCCAGCACUGAUCUCACGUACCAGCAAAUAAAUGCCAGACAGACGGUUCCAAAAGAUUUGCCAGCGUUUGGAGGAAACCCAACAGAAUGGCCUUUGUUUAGUUCCACCUACGAUUGGUCUACGGCAGUCUGCGGCUUAACAGAUGCUGAAAAUUUGGUUCGUCUCCAAAAGGCACUUCGCGGUGAUGCUCUCCAAGCCGUACAGCAUAUAUUGAUUCACCCCUCUUGCGUUGCAACGGCCAUGGCAACAUUAAAGCUUUUGUAUGGACAGCCAGAAAAAAUUCUGCAUUCGCUAAAAAUGAAAAUCCGUAGUUUACCGCCUAUUAAUGCAAAUAAACUGGACACUAUUACCUCAUUCGCAGUGCAAGUGAAAGGCCUUCAAGCGACUAUUGAAGCGUGUGAUCUUUUAGAUGAAUUGAAUAACUCUUCCCUUUUGCAGGAGUUAAUUUCCAAAUUGCCGUCUUACUUCCAAAUUAAUUGGGGAACAUUUAAAAUGAACUUAGCAAAACAAAACAAAAGAGUAAAUCUGUCAGAAUUCUCCAAUUGGAUAUUUGACAUAGGUCUCUCAGCAAGCAGCGUAAACAUUGAGAGCCUAUGUACCUCUGCUGCAGUACCUGUCAUUCAAAGCAAGCAGAGAAACGCUUAUGUUCAUACUCACGCAGAAGAGAACAGCAAUGCGUGCAUGCUAUGUGGUGGUGACUGCAGAAACAUACCUUCUUGUGAGAAAUUUAUUACAGCUGAUCGAGCCCAGAGAUGGGAGAUGGUUAGAGAGUUUCAAUUAUGCAAGCAAUGCCUUCGUAAACACUACGGCCCAUGCAACGCAAAUGUAUGUGGAAAAGAGGGGUGUCAAUAUAAACACCACUGUCUUCUUCACAAAACUCGUCAUAACGAAGGAGCAGAUAAAAACAAACAAGCAACAUCAAUGGAAUCACAAAACAAUGCAAUCGCAGAAAAUUCAACUCAUUCUUGUAACACGCACAGUGCAUCCAUUCACAAUAAUUUCUUUAAGAUUAUCCCCGUAACCAUUUAUGGUAGUGGCGAUAAGCUAUUCAAAACGUAUGCCUUUAUAGACGAGGGGUCUUCUACAAGUUUGAUUGAAGAACAAAUAAUGUAUGAUUUAAAUCUUUCAGGGUCACCCGAACCUCUUUGUUUAAAAUGGACGGGAAAUGUCGAGCGUGAAGAGCAAAACUCCAGUCGUCUUUGUAUUACCCUCGCAGGCCCCAAUCAAAAGAGGUUUAAAGCUGAUGUGAGAACAGUUAAACAUCUAUCGCUGCCUAAACAAACAGUUGACUGCGAAGCGAUUGUCCAAGCAUUUCCCUAUUUGAAAGGCAUUCCUAUUCAAGGGUAUAAAGAUGCAGUACCGCGUAUUCUUAUUGGCUUAAAUAAUUCACGAUUAUGUGUUUCUCAGCGAAUAAAAGAGGGAAAGGCAAAUCAACCGGUUGCAAUUUGUACUCGCUUAGGCUGGCUGUUGUGUGGCUCGUCCAAAGGGAUUUCAUCGGUGGAGUAUCAUCAUUGUCAUGUAUGCGAGUGUAAUGUGGAUUUAGAAAAUAACUUAGAUAAACUAAUCAAAAGAUUUUAUUGCUUGGAAUCAUCUGGUAUUAGCUGCACAAUGAAAGCGUUAAGCGAUGACGACAGUAAAGCAAUUGCAAUUAUGGAAAAAUAUACAAAGCAGAGGCCCGAUUCACACUAUGAAACUGCAUUAUUGUGGCGAGAUGAAAACAAAGUUAUGCCCAACAGCUAUGAGAUGGCAAGAAAAAGAUACUUGUGUCUAGAAAAAAGAUUAAAAGCUGAUAAAGACUUAGAUGCUAUUUUAAAUAAGACUAUUUCUGAAUAUGUUUCUAAAGGCUAUAUAACAAGAGUUACCUCAAAUGAUAUGUUAUCAGCAAAGAAACUCUGGUAUUUGCCAAUUUUUCCGGUGUUCAACAAGAACAAGCCCGGCAAGACCAGAAUCGUUUGGGAUGCCGCCGCAACAGUAAAUGGAGUAUCUCUCAACUCAAUGUUAUUUAAAGGGCCAGAUUUAUUGUCGUCGCUUCCAGAUAUACUUUUUCGUUUUAGGCAAAAGUCUGUGGCCAUUUGCGGUGAUAUAGAACAAAUGUUCCACCAGAUUUUUAUACGGGAGGAAGAUUGUAACGUUCAGCGGUUUUUAUGGCGUGCAGAAGAUGGUGAUGAAGAACCAAAUAUUUUUAUCAUGAAUGUCAUGAUUUUCGGCGCAUCAUGUGCACCAUGUAUUUCACAAUUUGUGAAAAACUUGAAUGCCAAUAAGUAUCGAAAUCAAUUUCCAGCUGCCGCUAAUGCAAUUGUGCAUAAUCACUAUGUGGAUGACUUUUUAGAUUCUGUGGACACAAUUGAAGAGGCAAUCCACCUAGCCAGAAAUAUUAAAUAUGUUCACAGCAAAGCGGGAUUUAAUAUACGAAAUUGGAUCUGUAAUAACAGUGACGUUCUAAAGGCAAUAAAUGGGGAACAUGGUCAAAAUCAGAAGGAUCUUAACUUAGGCAGUGGUGUUGAUACAGAUAAAGUUUUGGGUAUCUUUUGGAGUUCAAGGGACGAUUUUAUUACAUUCAAAGUAUCACCCCACCUUAAAGAGAGCAAUUUAUUUGUAAAAGGCAAAACGCCAACGAAGAGAAACUUGCUAAGAAUUCUUAUGACUAUUUAUGACCCUUUGGGACUCAUUGGUCAUUUCCUUAUGUACUUAAAGAUAGUGUUACAGGAAGUUUGGCGCAGCGGUGUUGGGUGGGACGAAGAAAUCCAUCCACCACAGAUGACUAAAUGGACAAACUGGCUGUCACAUUUGUCAGAAAUAGAAGACAUUAAAAUACCUCGCUGCUAUUUGCAGACGUUUAAAUCUUAUCAUAAUCUAGAUGUGGAGCUACAUACAUUUGCAGACGCUAGCGAAAACGGUUAUGCUGCGAUAUCGUACCUUCGUAUUUCAGACGGCAGUGAGGUGGUAAUUUCUUUAGUCGGAUCUAAAACCAAGGUCGCCCCACUCAAGAUGACAUCCAUACCGCGCCUAGAAUUAAUGGCAGCGCUAAUUGCUUCCAGAUUUGCGACCAGUGUUGUCAAUAGCGCGACCAUUAAUAUACGGCAACGAUAUUUUUGGUCUGAUUCAAAAACUGUCAUUAGCUGGAUAAAAUCAGAUCACAGGAGGUACCACCAAUUUGUCGCAUUUCGGGUUAGCGAGAUAUUAGAACUAACUGAGUUGAGUAAUUGGCGCUGGGUACCGGGUAAACUUAAUGUGGCCGACGAAGCUACUAAAUGGAAGAGGUGCGGGCCAGAUUUAUCAAAUGACAGUAGAUGGAUGAACGGACCCGAUUUUCUCCGAGAACCCCAAGAUGCGUGGCCAACUCAAGUCGAAAUUCAAACCGGCACAGACUGUGAGCAGAGGCAUCACAUAUUGGCUAUUGACGAAGUUAGCAGCUUUGUUAAUAUAGAACGUUUUUCACAGUGGCGGAGGGCUAUGAGAGCUGUGGCGUACGCUAUUCACUACAUAAACAAACUGAGAAAACCCGAUCACCACUGCGAAUUAACCCAAGACGAGCUUAUUAAGGCCGAAACUGUUUUAUUGAAGCAGGCACAGAAGGUGGUCUAUAACGAAGAAAUUGCUCUUUUGAUGAAAGGUGAAAAGGUAAGCAAGUCAAGUGCGAUAUUUAAGUUGUGUGCCUUUGUAGCGGAGGAUGGUGUAUUGCGCAUUGAUGGGAGAAUAGACAGAGCUUCCGUAACAAAGGAGAUGAAGUACCCCGCCAUCUUACCAAAAGACAGCUACAUCACGAUGCUUUUAAUAAUGCACUACCAUUGCAGUUACCGUCAUGGAAACAACGAAACCGCCAUUAAUGAAAUUCGACAAAAGUUUUAUAUACCUCGGCUAAGAACAAUUUUUAAAAAAGUAGUGCGCAAAUGUCAAAUGUGUAAAGUUAAGAAGGCACGGCCUGUCUACCCUCAGAUGGCGAAGCUACCCAGGGCUCGUUUGUCUGCAUAUGUAGCACCGUUUACAUUUACAGGUCUAGAUUUCUUUGGACCCUUACUGGUGACUGUAAAUAGACACAAGGAAAAGCGGUACGGAGCUUUGUUUACAUGCCUAACGAUUCGAGCGGUUCACAUUGAAAUUGUGCAUUCACUCAAUACUAGUUCGUGUAUAUUGGCAAUACGAAAUUUUGUGGCCAGAAGAGGCACACCAAGGGAAAUUUUCAGCGAUAAUGGCACCAACUUUGUUGGUGCCGAAAGAGAGUUGCGUGAAGCUAUAAAACAAAUGGAUUCCAAUGAGUUUGUUCGCCAUUUUACAACAGCAACGACGAAGUGGAACUUCAAUCCACCUUCAGCACCUCACAUGGGCGGGGUAUGGGAGCGUAUGGUGCGCUCCGUCAAAACAGUUCUCUACCGCAUUAUGCCAACAAGGUCGCCCAAUGAUGAAACUCUUGUGAGUAUGAUGUCCGAGGUGGAGAAUAUAAUAAAUUCUAGGCCCCUGACGUAUGUCCCAAUAGAUAACGAAAGUCAAGAGGCAUUAACUCCUAACCAUUUGCUUUUGGGGAGUUCCAAUGGCAUGAAGCCGCUAGUUGAAUAUGAUGAUAGUGUGCACGUUCUUAAAAGCAGUUGGUUGGAAACUCAGCAGUUCGCACAAAGAUUUUGGAGACGGUGGUUAGCCGAGUAUUUGCCCUCACUCACUUGCCGGUCAAAGUGGUUUGAAAAAUCUAAGCCGUUGAGGGUUGGUGACUUGGUGGUUGUGGUUGACCCUGCUAAUCCUCGAAAUGUGUGGCCUAGAGGAAAGGUUCUGAGUACAAAAAUGGCAGAGGAUGGACAAGUUCGGAGUGCUAAGAUAAUGACAUAUUGUGGAGUUCUUGAGAGGCCGGUUGCAAAAUUGGCUGUUCUCGACGUGGCUCAGGUUGAAGAGUAAGGCUGCGACAUGAUGUCUUGUCAUACUGCGGGGUGGUGUUACCGCCACUGUCGAUUUUAUGUUAUCGAUUAUUCUUAAAUAGUUAUUGCUAUUAAUUCUUGUGAUUUGUUUAUUGUUUGUCAAAUUUUGUAAAAGGGAGAAUGAAAAACUAUUACUGGCGAAAAAGGCGCGGUGAAGAAGAGUGCACUGAAAGAAGAUAAGGAAUUCAUCUUUUAUAUCUUUGUGUUAACAAAGAUACACAAAAGUUAUUAUAUUCUUUUAAAAAAUUUACAGGCGCUAAGUUUUCAUACCAAAAUGAAUUUUAAUACUCAAAUAUAAAACACCAAUCUGGAAACCCUAACGAGUUUUGUAUUUGGUGUUCAAAAUCCAGUGGAAUCUUGGC